AUGCUGGGCAAGAGCUGGCUCGAGUACAUCCUCAUUCGGCUCACUAUCUGGGGGUUUCGAGCCGUCGCUCCUGUCAGUCUGCUACUCGUUUCCUAUCGCAUAUAUACCGGAGCCUCCCUGCUGGGAGACACCAUAGACGCCCUCGCCGUUACGGAAUCACUCUUCUUUAUUUGCAUAUACCUUCCCCGACACACCCUUCUCCAAAAGCGCGCCGUACACCCACCGCUAUUGAACAGAGACGACCGCAAAGCCCUCUUCAUUCGAUGCAGCGACGAAAUCAACGGUGACUACCCCACUGGCUGGUUCUUCUCCCCCGGCUACCAGCGAGGCAAUGUUAUCGAAUGGCUACUCUGGGCCCUGUUCUCCAUCACACCCGAAGAGAAUCAGGGACAAUGGGAUGAGGAAAUAGCCGAGUACGUCGCAGUAGCGGAGGAAUCACUUGGGAGAAAGCUGGACGACGGGUACAACAAGCAGGCCGCAUGUAUGCGCGUCUCCUUUGAUCCUCUGCACAUGAUCCACCGGCCGCUUGGGUGGUAUGCGCUGGUUGGCCUGCUAGACAUGAAGACAGCAGUGCAGAUGCACAUCCUCGGCUUCAGGCAUUACAACCCGCCUUCAUGGUUCCCGAGUUUCCCACUUCGGCCCUUCACAUGGCUAUCCAAGCGUUCAGCCAGCCCGAAACUGCCGUACUGGUGGAAGCCUCACAACUCAUCCACGAAGCUUCCUUUGGUCAUCCUGCAUGGUAUCGGGAUUGGGUUAUACCCCUACGUUCCCAUCAUACAAGAGUUCGUAUCAGAAAACCCAGAUGUCGGCGUGCUUGUCAUCGAAUAUAUGCCCAUUUGCUCCCGCAUCACUUCCGCCCCCCUCUCUCGCGCCGAGCUGUGCAACGAAAUGGAAAACAUCCUUGCCUCGCUCAGGAUAGAUCGUUUCGUCGUAUUCGGUCACUCAUACGGCACUGUGUUGGCUGCGCACAUGUUCCAAUCCCCCGUCCUCGCACCGCGGAUUGCGGCGACGCUCUUUCUCGACCCCAUCCCGUUCCUGUUGCACCUUCCAAACGUCGCGUUCAACUUCGUGUACCGGAAACCGCGGACGGCGAACGAGUGGGAGGUGUGGUACUUUGCGAGUCGCGACCCGGAUGUUGCGAGGACGCUGGGACGACACUUUUUCUGGGCAGAGAAUAUCAUGUGGAAGCAUGAUCUGGAUGGGCGAAGGUUUGCCGUCGCGUUGGCGGGCGACGACCAGCUUUUAGAUGCGCGGGCUGUGCAUAAGUAUCUGACUCAGCAGGAGAAGCCGACACAUUACUGGCAGAAGGACGACCUAGAAGUGUUUUUCUUUCCUGGAGAGGACCAUGCAACGAUACUGGACACGAGGAAGACGCGGAAGCCAAUGCUUGAGGUUCUGAGCAGAUUUGUCUCUGCGUGAUAUCUCCUUACUAGAUUUUCUGCUCAAGAACGUAUCUUCCAUCUAUACCAUAUUACCCUUUCCCCUUCAUGUCGACUUUCUAGUACAUGUACUUGUCAAAAAAUAAAUUCUCGAGAUAGC